GGGUGCGAGGCGGAAUUUUCAACUGGUGCAGAAACAUGUCCUUGCGUCAUAAAGUACUUUAGUUUACGUUAGGACCAGCAGCAAUACUGAUGUUGACUUCAUAAACCUUCGCUGCAGCCUGGGUUCCGCGAUCGUGAGCUUGAGUUAAGGGCUGCCAGAAGUAUGAGUAUCUGGUACCUGAAUGUCACACUCUAUCGUCGUCGUUGUUCAUGUUACCGCGAGGAGCUGACUGUGUUGGUGAAGUCGAGCGCACGUGCCAGCGCGGCGCGUCAGUUUGCAGCGCGUCUUCCGCUGACCAGCGAAUCUCGGUUGACCGCAACCCAGACUCAGCACGGAGAAGCACCGCAAUAUGCUACCCGACGAGAUUCUUGAACAGCUCAAUUCCGAAUACCCUUGUCGCGAAUCGCAGAUUCAGCAACUGGCGGCGCUCUACAAUGCACAUCUACCAUCGCCCUCGCUCCUUGUCGCUCACGGCCUCACCGCGACUGGAAAGUCGUCCAUAAUCCGCUCAUACCUCGAACUCUCCUCGCUCCCCUAUGCCUUUGCCAAUUCGAGAGAGUGCAUAACAGGACGACAUCUACUAGAACGCACCGUUGCAUCCUGUCUGGAUGCGUUGGACGGAUACUACGAUGAGACGAUAGACCGUCGACCAUACUCAAGGACGGAAAACCUGAGCAGUCUGAUUGUGGCUCUUGGUCGAAUGCUGGAGGGAAGAGGGAAGUUCGUCUUGGUGCUCGACGGCAUCGACAAGCAGAGGGAAGCGCCAUACACGCUGUUGCCUGCGCUGGCACGGUUUGGGGAAAGCAUACCCAAUCUCUCAAUCAUCCUGAUCACCACGCUACCUAUACCGCUUGAGCUCCACCGCCCCGGAACACCACAUCUUCACUUCCCGACGUACAAUCGUAAUUCCCUUCUUACAAUUCUGGGAAAGAGCCCUCCGAAGAUCUUCUUACAGCCACCGAACGAAGAACAAUUUCCUGACUAUACGCCCGAUCUCGCCGCCGAAGACGAUGCCUGGCUUUGGGGACGAUUCAUAGCGACUGUAUACGACGCGCUGAGCAGACACACUGGACGCGACUUCGUCAGCUUUCGUCUGGCCGCGAUGCGCCUAUGGCGUCCGUUCGUCGAGCCUAUCGUCCAAGGCACGUUCGGCACGCGCGACUAUUCGCGCCUCAUGGUGAACAGGAGGGCUUUGUUCCAGGUCGAGGACAGCGUACUGGAUAGGAUCAUCGCGGGGAACAGCAAUCUGGGUGCGAAUAUUAACGGGACCAAUGGUAGCGUGGUGCCCAUGACACCCAGCACGAGGAGGAAGACCAGAACGAUCGCGCAUGAUCUACCGUAUUAUACCACGCAUCUCCUCAUUGCUGCCUAUCUCGCCAGCUACAAUCCCUCUCGUACAGACGUCACAUAUUUCAUGAAGCACACAGAUAAGCGAAAGAACAAGAGAAGAGCACCCUCGGUGACGGCAGGCGUCACGAAAUCGAAGCACCGCAAGAUCUCCCGGCAUCUUUUGACGCCUUCGCCCUUUUCUCUGGACAGACUGCUGGCGAUCUUCCGCAGUUUGUUGGUCGAGUCAGUACCCCAGGUUGCAGACUUGUACACGCAGAUUGCCACGCUGACGAGUAUGCGACUGCUGGUAAGGACGGGCGGCGUGGGGUCUUCAGAUGUGCUGGACCCGGCCGCGAAGUGGAGAGUCAAUUUUGGGUGGGAGUAUGCGCGGUCACUUGGGCGUGGGGUAAAUCUGGAGGUAGGAGAGUAUCUUGUUGGAGGUGUAGAUUAGCUUUUGAGCUACAUUUAUACAUACGUGUACCAGCAUUGGAAUAUGUUCAAAGCUUUGGUAUUCGUGACAUGGUAUCUUUAGUUGUUUUAUCCGUUCGGCUGUAUACGGUUUGAUGCUCUAUGAGCUGCAGCUACACUGCAUCAUGCCCUUGUACUUCGGUACAUCGCCGCAGAAGCGCUCUU